GGAAAAUUAACGGGGGACUCCAUACCCUCUCAGGGUUUGUCUUUUGAACAAUGCAAGUAUUGAAGUUUAACUUCUUUCUCCUCAGUCUCACAGGGGUCUGGAAACCGCGGGGGUGGAGUGGAACAAGAGCUGUUUUCUAUAACAUUUACCAAGUUUUUGUAAUAAUUGUCAAUCUAACAUUCAUAUUAUCCAACCUUAUGGACCUUAAGUUAGAAAACUUCAAUCUGGAGGCCUUCGCCGACAGCCUGUCAUUAGUCUUCGCAUUGUCCAUCGUCCAAAAAAAGAUAAACUGCGUAAUUGAGAAUCGGACGAGCAUCACACACUUCAUCGACUCGCUCUACAAAAGUCCCUUCAAAUUUCGAGAUCAUCAAGAAGAACUAAUUUUCUCCCAAUUCGACAAAUUUGCCAGAUCUGUAUUCACAAGCUACGUACUCGCACAUACUGGCUUCCUAUCGAUAUAUUCCUUAGGCCGUAUGACUUUGAUGGAUCCACCCCGCACUCUUCCUUACAAUGGUUGGUUCCCGUACAAUUACACGUGCACCCCUAAAUCCUACUGGAUGACGGCUGGCUUUCAGUUCUACGCAGUAUUUAGUCUAGGGUUCAUCGACUUGCUACUAGACCUGUUACUGCCCUGCAUAAUGUGUUACAUAUGCGGGCACAUUCACAUUCUGCGUUACAGAUUUCAAAUUAUGACAGAAAAAUUGCUAAUCAUGUCAGAAAGUAGCAAAUCACAAAAAGAAAUUAUUAAUGCUGAGCGCAAAAUGAUGCCCGAGUGGGUUGAAUAUCACAUCGAUAUUCUGUGUUUAGUUAAAUUUGCCAAUGAAAUAUUUUCGAGCGUUAUAUUCAUACAGUUCACUUCAAGCUCGCUACUUCUGUGUAUAAUCGCGUACUUGCUAGCACACACGGAACCGACGACAAUUAAUUUUGCGGGAAAUUUGGGAUUCUUUUUUUCGAUGGUAAUUCAAAUAUUGUUGCCGUGUUAUUGCGCUGAUAAAUUGACUUUCGAGUUUUUAAAUAUAUCUACAGGAAUAUAUGACACAAACUGGCACCACUUGAGCAACAAUAUCCGAAGAUCGGUAGUUGUUAUUAUCCAAAAAACCCACCGACCUGUUAUGAUAACAAGCGGCUAUUUCGUUAUUUUAUCCCUUGAGUCUUUCAUCAAGGUCGUUAAACUUGCGUACACUAUUUAUAAUGUGCUAGAGUAAAUUGUUAAAUAUUAGUAGGCAUUGUUAAUAUUUUAACGACAAUUUUGCUCGACUCAUAAUGCGAAGCAUUAGAGAGUGCUUUCCGAUCGAAAAUUUUGUUGAACUAGUGACGAUUAAUAAAUAUAUAUAUUUAUUUAGAAAACUAUUAGUCUUGAGAUUUUUAUUUCGAUAAAUCGCCUCAAAAAAACUGAAAUGAGGAAAAAAUAGACCCAAUGUAAAUUUUUAGAAUAUUUCAUUGAAAUCUAUUGCGUUUGUCUUCCUGGUGGAAUUUUCAAAGAAUUUUCCCAUAGUCUAUUAUAAUUCGUCGAGUAGGGUCCAAAAAAACAUUGACUUAAGAAUUUAUAUAUAUAUAUAUGACCCUGCAGACCAGCCCCGAAAUUUCUCGCUGUUUUCGAGCUCAAGGAUCCGAAUUCCGAAAAUUUGAAAUUUUUUUGGCGGGAAGUUUAAAAAUCCAACGGGGUAUAUUCAAAAACAUUUUUUUUAUUUUUCACAGUUAAGGGUUGACUUUAGAGGUUUUUCCGGUCAAUUUAUAUGAAUG